GAGCAUAAAAGACAAACAGGUUAGUCAUACGUAUGAACUUGCGCCCUUAAAACGGUCCAGAACUAUCGAUUUCCAUCAUCAGAGGGUUGAUUGACCCAGAUAAGACUAACCUGAAAUACUUCAGUAGCACAAGACUCAGAGAAGAAAAACAAACACAGAACGCAUCUUAUGAAAUAUACCCAAGAGACUGUUUUCGAAGUGAUAAUCCUAUUGAAUUCGUUAGUAUAAGGAUAAUGCUCUUGCCAAGUUUACUGAUACUGUUUGUAGGAUUAAUUAUUUCUGUUGAAAGUAGAGGACCUCAUCACCCUAGAGGUGAACCUGUAAUUCGGAGACAUCACCUUCAUUAUAAACCAAACCCGGAUGAUAAAGAGAAACUAACUCAAGACAGUGCCCUUCUGCAUGAUAAGCAACAUAUAGAGGAACAUCUGGAAGAUAUGGUGGAGUCUCCAGAUUUGUCCAAAAUGUCUGACGAAGAACUAGAAUUCUACUACUUCCAAACUCACGAUACUGACAAAAACAACAAACUGGAUGGUUUGGAAAUAUUACAAGCCAUCACGCAUAUUUUAGAUGAAACAGAUGUCUCAGGGAAUAUAAACAACGACAGUGACUUCGAUUAUUAUAUAAGGCUUAUUGACCAAGUUUUAACAGAGGAUGACGUCGAUAACGAUGGUUUCCUAGACUAUCCAGAAUAUGUCAGAAGUAGACAGAGGUCUUCGAAAACUAUUAAAAAAAAAGAAGAAGAACCUCCAUUAGUAGAAAUUAUACCCUAAAAUGUACUUAAACUACUUAUACAUAUUUGUAAAUUUGUAAUAAAAUUUUUAUGGGAGAAUAAUUUACAAAUCUCAAAAAGUGAA